AUGACUGUGGCCUACUUCGACCCGCUUUCCUUCGGUUUCAUGCUCUGGCCAAACUGCCGGAUGCAGUUGCAGACCAUGAGCGCGGGCAUCGCCCGGGUGGAGCGGUUGCUGCUAGUCCCGGAGAUCGCCACCACUCUAGCAGCUCCGGAGGGGGCCAAGGAGGGAAUCUGCCUGGAGCACGCCAGCUUCUCAUGGAAUGGCGAGAGGCCACAUCUCCAAGAGAUCAGCCUCACCGUCCGUCCCAGAGAGCUGGUGAUGGCCGUAGGAAUUCUGGGCCAGCCGGCCUAUGUGCCUCAGAACCCACAGGUUUUGAAUGCCUCCGUGCGGGACAACAUCCUCUUCGGCCUCCCCAUGAAUGAAGAGAGGUAUGAGGAAGCAAUCGCUGCAUGUUGCCUGGAGCAGGACUUGGACCAGUUUGUGGAAGGGGAUGCCACGGAGAUUGGCGAGAAGGGCAUCACAAUCAGCGGUGGCCAAAGGGCUCGCAUUGCCCUGGCACGGGUAUAUUAUGCUGACGCGGAUGUAGUGAUCUUAGACGAUCCGCUAUCUGCGAUGGAUGCGCACAUUGGUGCAAGCGUUUUCUCCCGCUGUGUUCUGGCCCUGCGUGCACAAGGCAAGGCCAUCUUGAUGACCACGAAUCAGCUUCAACUUUGUUCCGCUGCAGACAGGAUCCUCAUUCUAGAAGCAGGCCGUCAAGUUCGCCAGGGUAGCUUCCAAGAGACUGCCCGUGAGCUGGGUGCUGCGAGCAGCUCAGUCGCGGUGCCGUCCGAAGGACACCUUGUUUUGUUUUAA